ACUCCAAAACACAGAACACAACAUUCCUGUUGAUGACAAUGACAGGGACCAUCCUGAGUCAAGAUCUGAAUGGAUUCCUGAAUGUAAUCAAGAGAUGCCCACGCGUAUCACACUGAUUAAGAGUAUUAAUAAUGUACAUGUAUUACAGAAAAGUAACAUUGAAGAGCACAACUUUGUGCAAGUAGCCCUGAACACAUCACAUAAUGAAUCUACUCCACAAAACGUUGAAAAGUGUCUUGACGAUUCUAUUGACAGUUGUUUCUGUAAAGGGUGAAGAUGGCUGUAAGGUACURGAMUUYCUUGACUGUCAGAAAAACAAAACCCUUACUGGUCACGUGAUCAAGUCCUUCAGAAUCUUASCACCCGGAUUAGAGGAUUGUCAGCACAAAUGUUAUAUAGAAGAWAAYUGUGUGUCGUACAACAUGGGUCCAKUGGAAGGGAUGUCAAGAUCAUGUGACCUGAAUGACGCUGAUCAUUGGAUGUGGCCGCAUCAUGUGGUACAAACWCAGGGUUUUGARUACUGUCCUAUCAAGGUGAGCACCACCAAUAUAUUAAUCAUUCCUGAAGGAAAUUAA